CGCGCAGGUUCGAAUCCUGCCGUCCACGGAUUUGUUCUCUCCUUCCUUAUUUUUUCCCCCACAAUUCCCCAUUCUUCUAAAAAUUUCCAUAAAAAUGGGGGAUUUUUCAUCCAUCAAAGCCAUACAAAUGCCCUCCAUUCUUCUAAAAAUUUCCAUAAAAAUGGGGGAUUUUUCAUCCAUCAAAGCCAUACAAAUGCCCUCAUAGUGGCAGAAAUCGACAUCCAUUAGAAAAGUUUGUACUACAUGUUUAACGUCCACUUUUUCCCCCACAAUUCCCAUUUUCAAAGCAGUGAAACACUGCUAGUGUUAUGGUUUUUGAUUUUCCACAAUGAACACCAAGAACGUUCAUGGUUCAAAUAAUGUACAAGCAAUCAUCAUCCUUCUUGAUAUUUACACUGAAGUAUCAAUGCAAGACAAUUUCACAAAUUCAUCAGGUCCAUGCUCAAUCCAUUACCAAUGGCCUUCUCUUCUCUUUCAAUUCCACUCUAAUCCUAACUCAAAUCCUUCAUUCCUUCACUUCCCUUCUCUCUUCUCUUCCUUCACAACCCACCACUCGCUAUCCAUCCACCAUUUUCAGCCGCAUUCACAACCCAUCAACUUUCUGUUACAACACCAUCAUUCGAGCUCACACCCUUCUCUCUUCACCCAACACUUCCUUCGUUUACUUCCUCAAAAUGCGGAGAAUUUCAGUCCCACCAGAUUCCCACACUUUCCCUUUUGUUCUUAAAGCUUGUGCUUUACUGAAUUCUCUGUUUCUGGGUAGGACCCUUCAUUCACAGGCCUUGAAGUUUGGGUUUUUAGUUGACGUGUUUGUAUGUAACAAUCUUUUUCAUGUGUAUGCCGUGAGUGGUGGUAUUAGUGAUGCACAUAAAGUGUUUGAUGAAAGUUCUUGUAGAGAUGUUGUUUCUUAUAAUUUAUUAAUUGAUGGGUAUGUUAAGGCUGGUGAGAUUAGGGAAGCGAGGGAAGUGUUUGAUGAAAUGCCUAUGAGAGAUGCAGUUUCUUGGGGCACCCUAUUGGCUGGAUAUGCAAAAAUGAACCAGUGUAAAGAUGCCAUUGAGCUAUUUGAUCAAAUGGUUGCGUUAAAUGUUAAAUUUGAUAACGUUGCGUUGGUUUCUGCUCUCUCAGCUUGUGCACAACUGGGGGAACUUGAGAAGGGAAAGACGAUACAUGAUUAUAUUAGAAGGAAGGGGAUUGUGAUAGAUUCGUACUUGUGUACUGGCUUGGUUGAUCUAUAUGCCAAAUGUGGCUGCAUUGAGAUUGCUAAAGAGUUAUUUGAGACGAGCAAGGGCAAAAAAGUGUUUACUUGGAAUGCUAUGCUAGUUGGAUUAGCCAUGCAUGGCCAUGGCCAGUUAUUAUUUGAUUACUUCUCAAGAAUGGUGGAGACUGGUGUUAGGCCUGAUGGGGUGACUUAUUUGGCGUUGUUGGUGGGAUGUAACCAUGGGGGUCUUAUUCAUGAAGCUAGAAGGUUCUUUGGAGAAAUGGAAGGGGUUUAUGGUGUUCCUCGAGAACUAAAACAUUAUGGAUGCAUGGCGGAUCUGCUGGCACGUGCAGGGCUGAUUAAAGAAGCUACAGUUAUGAUAGAGGCCAUGCCAAUGGCUGGUGAUGUGUUUGUCUGGGGUGGUUUGCUUGGUGGGUGUAGGACACAUGGGUACGUUGAGCUAGCAGUAAAAGCUGCUGAAAAUGUAAUGGAGGUGAAACCUGAAGAUGGUGGGGUUUAUUCAAUCUUGGCAAAUGUCUUUGCAGAUGCUGGCCGUUGGGAUGACUUGGUCAAUAUAAGGAGAAAAAGAGACCGGGCAAAGAUCAAGAAGAGUGCUGGUUGUAGUUUGAUUCAAUUGAACGGAGUGACACAUGAGUUUAUUUCAUGGGAUGACUUGCACCCUCAAAGCAAUGAGAUAUAUUCCAUCUUAAAUUGUCUGCAACUCAAUUUGAUGCAAUAUUACUAGCAAUAGAUCUUUGAUGAACAUCAUUUUCUUGUCACUUGUUUGUAUUGUGCUAAGCUGAGCUUAAAUGGAGCAACAUGAAUUGUGAAAAUGCAUAUAACAUAACCCAACAUGCUUGGGGUUUAAGUGUAGCCGCUGAUGUACUGGUUCAACUAUACUAUUGUUAUAUACCUAAGAAAAUUCUUGAGCUA